CUCAUUUUGCAACAAAAAAAAAAAGAAACAAAAAAAUACCGCAAACUAUUUCAACACCGAACGAAAGAAGAGAAACUCAAGUUUUUUAUGAAAAUUUUAUUAUUCUCUUUCUCUCUCUUUCAUCUGGACGGGAAUGUCGAAAAAAACGGCGCAGCGCAGCACAUUCAUAAAUUUUUUUCCAUUUCUAGCCAAAUAUCGUCGCUCAACUCGUCGGCAAAAGCAAAUGCGGUGUGAGUAGAGUGUUCGCUGUUCGCCGCCCUUCUGUCGGCCAUUUUUUAAUUUUGUUUACACUGAAAAAUUCACAUCAUUUUGCCCAAGCCCAAGCCGUUAUAAAAAAAUUACAUUUUUUAAAAGAAAAUUAAAUAAAAUUUGUGCAAAAAUAUAAACUAUUUAAAAAAGCUUGCCCACAAAAUGUCUUCCAACUCACCUCCCAACUCGGACACCGAAGAUAGCCGCGGAUCCCCAUCAAAAUGGAGUCGAAAUCCGUUGCAGUUAACUUUGCUUGGCGUCGGCGGAGUUGGCAAGCGAAAAAGUGCUUUUCUACCAUACCGGCCUCAACUAAGUCCCGCUAAUGCUUCUUCCGCUUCUGCUAGUUGUCCCCCUUUGUCCUCCUCUGGCGCCUCUACUUUUGCCCCAACCUUGACUCUUGCCCUCAAUAGCUCCUCGGCGGCCACCACUCCGCCAUCAUCAUCCACUUCGUCGUCAAAAUCCAAUUCAACGGUUUUGACAAAUCUUCAGCGUGGUAAUACGGCGGCCACCUUCUGUUCCACCGAUGUCCAAUUGAGCUUUCACGAGCGCGCCGGCCAAGGCGAACUCUCCGACGACCAAGUGAAAGCCGCAGUGGCAUCGAAGACGAUCGAUGCCACUGAUAAAAAUGGAUUCACUGCCCUGCAUUGGGCGUGUUAUUAUGGUCAAGUGGCGACAGUGGGGCAAUUGCUCGCCACUAGGGCGGUAGAUGUGAGCAUAUUGGCACCGGAUAUGGUUUCGCCACUGUUGUUGGCUGCAGCCGGUGGUCAUCAUGAAGUUGUGCGGCUGCUGCUGCAGCAUGGAGCCAAUGCUCGACAUGCUGACAUUGUCGGCAAUACGCCGCUAAUGUAUGCGGCAGCGGGAAACCAUCCGCAUACUUGUAAUGAAUUGCUUUCUAAGGAUCCUGAUCUAACGGCAACCAAUGAGCAUGGCGAUACUGCUUAUAGUUUGGCCAUGGAAAACGGUGCCAACUUAUCGCAGGCCGUUCUCGAGCAUUACUUGACCGCUUUGUUGUCCAUUUAAUUAAUAGAGAAAAAAAUCAUCAUCAUCGAAAAGCAUAAAAAAUUAAUAAAAAAAAAAAGAUGAAAAAAAAAUGGGUAUCUUUGCUAAAUACUACUACUGGCAAAUUUUUUAGAUUUUUUUUUACUACAACUACUACUAGGAAUACUAUACGCAGCAACGGCACGGCACAGCGCAACAUCCAAGGCAAACAAUCUAUAGAUUCGUCGAGUGUGUGUUGUAGAAACGAAAAAAAAGCAAAAAAAAGAAAACUGAAGAAAAAAAAAACGAACAUAAUGAAUAAACGAAAAAAACCGAUAGAAUUAAGAUGGAUUGAUGGUUGGUAGAGAGGUAGCUACUAGCAGUGAGGGAUAAGAUGAAGAGGUAGGGGGGGGGGGGGGGGAAUAGUUGUGGCCCUGGUGGAGCAGGUGACGACGAGCAGGACGCAAAAGGGGAGAGUAGGUAUGUGGAGUGGCGGUACUGCAUUCCAUUCGGAAUUCUUUCCACCUUGCUCUCUGUACGAUGUGUGAUGAUGUUGGUUAAGUUAUGGAAUGGAAUUGGAAGAUGGGGCUGGGGCGGCAUUAACACAACACAAAAAAAAGUAGAAAAAAAAAUACAUCUAAAAAAAAACUAUACAAACAGAAGGGUAAAAGAUGAGGAGGAGGAUAAGAAGGCUGCAGAGGAGAAAGAAGAGAGGAAGAGAUAUUGCGCUGAUGCGUAGCUGUGGUCACGUAAACGGAAUUAAUACAGGAAAUUUUGCUAUCACAAAGGAAACACAACUGACGAAUCAUUUUUGCGCCAGUAGAUGCCGUUAUUUAGUUUUUAAUAAAUAGUUAAUUUUAUUUUGCAUAAGAAUUGUUAAAGAUUGAUUAAUAUUAAGCUAGUUCUUUAAGAAUAAAUACAAAAAAAAAAAACUUUUACAACUUAA